AUGGCGAAGACUUCAGAAAAGAGCACAGAAGUCCUAGUCCAAGCGCUAGAGCUCCUUGACGACAGUGCCGUACGACAGCUUUUGCAGAACGAUUUCGAUAAUGUAGCUCAAAAUGAGUACGAGUGGUUGCAUGAGCUUAUCGAGGUGGGUUAUAGCCGUUCCGAUAUUGCCACCCUUCUCAUGGAGGAGGCGAACGAUGCUCCGUGGAUAUACUCAGGUCCUCAAGACCAACUGAUUCAAGCUAUGGACUCAAGUAGUCAUGAGUCAAUGCUCCAAGGUUCCCUGGAUGUCGCCUUCCUAAGCUCUCCCUGGACUUCCAGGCGACAUGAUAUCAGGACUAUGGUCCAACAGCUCUGCGGCCUCGGCGGUAUCGCACCCAUUUCUCGGUCUUUGCAAGACUGGAAUGGUGAAGUCAUCUUUGAGAAGAAUUUUUCAAUCUCUUAUUUCUCGACUGAAACGUGUUCUGGAGAACUUUUGUAA